CAUUUAUUUAGUGAGAAUUAGCAAUCUGCAAUGUCGGCCCUUCAGAAGUUCAGAUCUCCCUUGGGAAUUACAAUACACAGUAGAUAACCCGAAAAUCAGACGUUUCUUUCCACUCAUCAGCAUGGAUUCCCGGAACAGUGAAUCAUUCGAUCAUCUUCAUUCUAUUUAUAAGCGGCGCGUCAGAUUUCUGUUAGUAUUACGUCACCAUUCUAAUAUCUGCGUAUAAAUGGUUGAGGUUUUGACUCUGAACUGAGGAAGACACCGAAUAAAGGGGAAAAAUUCAGUAGCUAUGAUUUCUGUACUGGUUUCUAAUGGACACCCUCUAUUCUCAAGAAACUCAAAAGUCCUAAAUAAAGAAAAGAUUCCUUCUUUGUUUCAUCUCAGUUCCAUUUCUUGCUCUCAGAAACACAAACUCUUCAGGAACCCAACUCUCAAGUGCUGCAAGUCCAAAACUGCAAGCACAAAAGAAGAGAGAAAUGGUGGUAGGGUAGAGAUGAUGGUUUUGUGUGGGUUCGGGUAUUGGAUUCAAGGGUUCAGGUUAUUCCCAUGGUUGGCUUUGAACUUCCACAUGGCUCAUGGAAUGAAGAUGAACCCUUCAACAUUGCAGUUUGUGCAGAAUUCUGGUAACCUCCCUUUUGUUGCAAAGCCUCUCUAUGGGAUCUUGUCUGAUGCUCUUUAUAUUGGUGGUGCUCACAGGUUGCCUUACAUUUCAAUUGGAGCUUUCCUCCAGGCAUUGGCUUGGGGUCAACUGGCACUGGUGUCAGCUGCAAGUGAAGGAUUUGUUGGUCUUAUAGCGUGUGUUCUCCUAAGCAACCUUGGAGCUUCAAUUACAGAAGUUGCCAAAGAUGCCCUAGUUGCAGAAUAUGGUCAGCAAAAUGGAAUGCCUGGUCUUCAGUCUUAUGCAUUUAUGGCAUCUGCUGCCGGUGGGAUUCUUGCCAACUCACUAGGAGGAUAUAUCUUACUGAAAACAAAGCAACCUAAACUCAUGUUUCUUUUCUUUUCUGCUUUACUCGCCGUCCAAUUGGUUUUGUCUUUGGCGGUAAGGGAAAAAACUCUUGGUUUGCCUCAACCAUUAAAGUAUGUGCCUGGUUUGACAAUAAGAGAAAAAUCAAUCACCCAAAGUAUAAAAAAACAAUAUCUUGACCUCAUGGUUUGCAUUAGAGAAGAAAGGAUAUAUGACCCCCUGAUGUGGUUUGUGGCAUCAACUUUAAUUGUCCCGGUUUUAUCAGGCUCUCUCUUCUGCUACCAAACUCAGUGUCUUAAUCUUAAUCCGUCAACCAUUGGGAUGUCAAAAGUUACUGGCCAGUUGGUGCUUCUUUCUAUUACUGUUCUCUAUGAUAGGGUUUGGAAAGAUACUCCAAUAAAAAAAUUAAGCAGUAUUAUUCAAAUCCUAUAUGCUAUUUCACUUCUUCUCGAUUUCAUGCUCGUGAAACAGAUUAAUCUCAAAUUGGGUAUUUCCAAUGAAGCUUUUGUGCUCUGCUUUUCGGGAAUUGCAGAGGUUAUAGCCACAUUCAAGCUUUUGCCAUUUUCUAUUCUUUUUGCAAGAUUAGCACCAUUGGGUUGUGAAGGGUCGCUAUUGUCUUUCUUAGCAUCAGCUUUCUAUUUCUCCUCAAUAGUUGGUGGGUAUUUGGGUGUUGGAUUGGCGUCUUUUCUUGGGAUAACGUCUGGCAAUUACUCAAACCUUCCUGUUGGGAUAAUAAUCCAGUUUAUGGCGGCAUUACUGCCCCUUGGUCUGCUGAACUUUUUGCCAAAUUCACAGUCUUCAACCGAAAAGGAAAGAUAGAGGUAGGGAUACAAGGAUAAGAAGAAUUGGGAGAGGUUGAAGAGACGAUUUGUCAAUCUGGCUUGCAGAGAUAAGUUCUAUUAUUAAUACAGUCUAGUUUAUUAAUUGUCCAUUCUAUUUGAGAUGAGAAGAUACACUCCAAAGUCCAUACCUUUUUUUCAAGAUAGAAAGAAUAGAAUAUUCCUUAAAUAGGACUAGAACAUACACAAAGUGCACAAAAGGGAUCACCAUUAUUUUCUUCUUAAAAUAGGAGUCACUCACUCCUAAUUGGGGAAGUUUUAUACUAGUAAUUUUUAAUAAGAUCAAACAAGUCUCAUUUUGGGAAUAAAACAUAAUUAGCCUUUUUAUGCACUUUGUCUAAGUUUUAGUUCUAUUUAGAGCCAUUUGUUUAGAAAGAAAUACAGAAGGUCCUGUUUGUUUUGCAACCAUUUGUACUUUUGUACUUUUGUCAUGUUAACAUUCCUCCAAAUUAUAGCUUGAUAAGCACC